AUGCAGGAGGCGCUGCGAUAUCCGUUGCGCGUCGCGAAUCGCGUAUCCGUAGGCCGUGGCGUGGACGUGAGACUCGGUGGCCAGAGACGCUGCGCUGUGCGCUUUGCGCGAGCGCGAUCGGCGGCGAGCGCAAGGGCCGCCAUGAGGGUGUUCACCGCGGAGCAAGUCCACCGCGCGCUGCCGUACGACGCACUCAUUGAGCAUCUCCGCGAGGCCUUCCGCGCCUCCAGUAGCGGAGGUGGCAUCGCCGCCCCGCCACGCCAGCACUACACCAUUGGUCAGCGUGCUGCGGAUGAGGAUGGAGAUGGUAAUGACACAACGGAUGCUAGGUCUGGGGCAGCAGGAGACCCGGAAGCGACGGGGGAAAGAGGAGGAGAAGGAGGGGAAGAAGGAGGAGAGAUAGGAAGUGGAGGAAGGAACGCAGCAGAGGGGAGGAAGCAGGCAGGCGGAACGCUGUUGGUGAUGCCCGCUUGGGACUCGAAUUGUGGCACGGAAGAGCCAUUCCUGGGUGUGAAGCUGGCGACAGUGUUCCCUGGCAACGCCAGUUACGGCCUGCCAUCGGUGGCAGCGAGCUACCUGCUCUCCUCUGCUGCCACUGGCGCCCCCCUUGCCCUCAUGGACGGCACGGCCAUCACGCUCCGCCGCACCGCUGCCGCCUCUGCCCUCGCUGCUCACUACCUCGCACGCCAGGACUCAACGGUGCUUCUUAUGGUGGGCAUGGGCAACCUUGCUCCCCACCUCAUCCUCGCCCACCUCUCAGCCACUCCCUCCCUCCGCUCCGUGCUCCUCUGGGGCCGCACUCUCACCAAGGCCCAGCAGACAGCUGAGAAUCUGGUCUCCUCCGACCCAAGGUUUCGUCUUAUUGAGCCGGAGGGAGUUUCCUUGUCGGGCUUUUUGGAAGGGCAAGAAACAGGUGGGGUGUGUGUUACGGUUGUGGGUGAUCUAGAGCGUGCGGUGCCAUUGGCGGAUAUUAUCUCCUGUGCCACGCUUGCAACAGAACCGCUUGUGUGUGGACGGUGGUUGAAGCGUGGAGCCCAUGUGGAUUUGGUUGGCGGUUUUCGGCCGGAUAUGCGCGAAGCGGAUGAUGAUGUGAUGAUUGCAGCUAGAGGGUCGAUAUUUGUGGAUUCCAAGGAUGGUGACGCCAUCACAGGAUCUGGGGACCUUAUUGAGCCUAUCUCUAGUGGUGCUAUACUGGUGGAGGACAUUGGAGGAGACCUCUUCGAGCUAUGUUCUGGACGUGUGCACGGGAGGAGAGCUAAUGAGAAAAUUACUGUGUUCAAGUCGGUAGGAUUGGCCCUAGAAGACCUUGUAGCUGCCAAGCUUGUGUGGAAGGAUAGGGAAUUGUAA